GAGCCGUUCUCCCGGCAGCCUCCGCGCGUGUCCCCUUGACCUCUCGGAGCACCUUGGCCAUCUUGUGCUGGCCGUUGGACGCAGGCCGCCCCUCCUCCCCGCCGAGGUGAGCGGCCCCCGACCCCCCUCCCGGUCGGAGGAUGGUUCUGGAAGUGAAGGAGAGGCUGAGGAUCCGAUGUAUCAGACCUUCCUUAAGAAUGUUUGGACUCCAAUGAAACCCUACUAUACCAAGGCUUACCAAGAAAUCUGGGUCGGGAUGGGUGUGAUGGGCUACAUUGUGUACAAAAUAAGAAGUGCCGACAAAAGAAGUAAAGCCCUGAAAGCAUCUUCCGGUGCUGCUCCUGCUCACGGCCAUCAUUAAGCGGCUUUUCCUUCAAUUUUGUACGGGAUGGAACAUCACUGCUGCUGUAAAUUUUGCCAAGCUAACAAUGGAAGAAAGCAUUUGGAAACCUUGUAAAUGUUCCUCAAUAUUGUUCCCUUUCCUGGUAUGAAUAAAUAAAUGUUCAAGGCCAUU